UUUACUGUUGUACCUGAGUUUAGAGAAGUUUUUGUUUUUAAUUAUGGCUAUUUUUAUUUAUAAUAUCUGUACGAUAGUUAUCAUUAUUUUAUGCGUUCACAUCAAUAUUAUCAGCGCAGAAGAUCAAGACAAUUUAUCUGUUGAUAGGACGACAUCAUUGCCUCUACUUAAAGGAUAUCUUAAGAGAACAAACUCUUGUACCCCUCAUUCAAUAGAUGAUUUUCCUGAAGACUACUUUACUAAAGAACAAAGAAAACAGGGUGCUGUAAUUCUUCACACAUUUUUUGGAUUUUAUUGCUUUUUACUCACUGCCUAUGUGUGCAAUGAUUACUUACUUCCAUCAUUAGACAUGAUUUGUUCAGAACUAAAAAUUAGUGCUGACGUAGCAGGUGCAACUUUUUUAGCUACUGCAAGUUGCUUUCCUGAAUUAUUUGUCAAUGUCGUGGGUACUUUUUUAACUGAAUCAGACCUUGGAGUAGGUACUGUUGUUGGUGGAGCUGUUUUUAAUACAUUUGCAACACCAGCAUUUGGAGCAUUAUCGGCAGCUCAGGCAAUCCAACUUGACGCUCGGAUUUUAUCAAGAGACUGUAUUAUCUAUGUAAUCUCUGUGAGUGCAUUAGUUAUUGUUAUGUGGGAUGGCAGAAUUACUUGGUAUGAAGCUAUGAUCCUGAUGAUCCUCUUCACUGCUUACUUUACAUUUUUAUUCCUUAAUAAUGUCGUGAUAAGAUGCUCCAAAAAGAUCAAGGAAUUUCUCUUUACAUCUUCUUCACUUACUGUUAUAAGUGAAUCAAAAGGUAAUAGUGAUGACAUGCUUAUUGGAUCUUACAGACCAUUCGUUCAUGGAGAGCUGAGAGUUGAAUACAGAAAAAGUAUCCAAAAUGCAAAAAAGAAAGAAGUUGAAUGUGGAAAUUGUAACCUCGAGAUAUGUGAAAAACUUGAGGAAUAUGUAGAACCAGAUACACCAUUUACAUGGCCGGAAGGAAAUAUAUUUACGAAAUUUUGGUUUAUCUUCACAUGGCCAUUAAAAAUAAUUCUCUUUGUAUCAAUUCCCGACACACGAUUCAAAAGAUUUCGAAAUUGGUAUCCAAUAACAUUUACAAUGUGUGUAAUUUGGAUUGCUAUUUCAUCUUAUUUAGUCAGUUGGAUGAUGACAGUUGUUGGUGAUACACUAGGCAUCUCUGAUUCUGUUAUGGGAAUAACAUUUCUAUCAGCUGGAGGAAAUAUGCCGGAAUUAGUGUCAAUUGUAAUUCUUUCUCGUCAAGGUAAUGGUGAUAUGGCAAUGAGCAAUACUUUGGGUGCUAAUACUCUAGAUGUGUUGAUGUGUCUUGGCUUACCUUGGACAAUUAAAUCUAUCAUGACGAAAAGUGAUGUUAUCAUCGAGUCUGGCGCCUUAGCAUAUAGUGUUAUGUCCAUCGUUAUAUGUGUCGUAGGAUUUUAUGGAGUUACAGCUUUCUACAAAUAUCAGUUAAAUCGUCAAGUUGGAAUAGCUUGUCUCAUAAUGUAUAUUUUAUUUCUUACCUUCGCCAUUAUGAUGGAAUCACAUGUCUUCUUUCCUACUACAACUACGUCGAUAUGCAAUAAUUAAUAAUGAUUUCAAGUCGACAAUGAAAGUUGACUUAUCAAGAUGGAAAUCAAAAUUUAAUAUCUAGAAGCGAACAAAUUUUAAAAUGAUGAGUACUUUCCCUUUUUUAGUGGGCUUGUGAUAAUAAUUACAAAAGAAAGUUACAUUCAUUAAGUGUAACAUUUAUGAAAGACUCGCUAGUCACUAAUUUAUAAGUCAGUAUAUAUUGAUAAUUAUUACAGUGUACUGGCUAUAUACACUGCCUCUAAUUAUGGGUGAGUACGUGGAUUUAAUAAAGCACCACGUGAUAUUAUAAUUUAUCAAUAUUUUUUUUAGUGUAAUUAGUAUAAUUGCAUUCAAGUAGUCAGAAAAAAUUUCGUGUGACGUAAAAAAAAAAUAUUAUGAGCUUAUGACACGAAUUAUUUUAGAUAUUAUCAUGAAGGUAUAUGUCUAAUAAUUAAAGACUGUCUUUAUCAUUUACAAGAGGAAAAUAUUUUUCUUCUCGAAAAAUCAAAUUGAUUGAACUGAAGAUAGCGUUUAAAAAUUUUAAGAAAUUUUUAUCUAUUUAUUUAAGG